UUUAAGGCGCUGCGCUGGGGCGGCGGGUUUCCACGCUGCUGUGGCUCCGGACAGGGCGGUGUGGACUCGGGCUGCUGCUUCACGUUAUUCUUUACAGACAUCGGGAAAGGAGAACAGUUUCGUAAGACUCUACUCGUCCACAGUCGUGACCUCCUCCUCCUCCUGUGUGCUGAAAGCGCUCCGCCGCACACAUACCGAUUAUCACGUGGGUCUAUCGUCUCCACGAAAGAGGAGAAAAGUCGACGCCGUGGCAGUUAAAAAAACUCUGCUCCACCACCAGAGUACCCCAUCUGCUGAGCGCUCUGUGUCCAGGCUUUAACUAGCUGUAAAUAUGUCGGCGAAAAUGGCAUCUUUGGUCCUAGAAGACGGAACCACGUUUAAAGGCCGCCUGUUCGGGGCCAGUGCCUCGGUAUCUGGUGAAGUUGUUUUCCAGACAGGAAUGGUUGGCUAUCCAGAAGCACUUACUGACCCUUCAUAUAAAUCUCAGAUAUUGACUUUAACCUACCCACUAAUCGGGAACUAUGGUGUGCCCAGUGACGAGGAUGGUGAAUUUGGCAUCAGCAAGUGGUUUGAGUCUUCUAGGAUCCACGCCACUGCGCUUAUUGUUGGUGAACUUUCUCAGAAUCCCAGUCAUUGGAGUUCAGUCAAAUCUCUAGAUCAGUGGCUCAAAGAGCAAGGCAUCCCAGGACUAGAGGGAGUUGACACCCGUUGUUUGACUAAGAAGAUCAGAGAAAAGGGAACCAUGCUUGGAAAACUUGUGGUUGAAGGGACACCUGCGGAGAACAUCCUGUUUGACAAUCCUGACAGUCGGAACUUGGUGAAAGAAGUGUCCGUAAAAAAGCCCAGGGUUUACAAUCCAGAUGGUAAUUUAAGGAUCCUAGCAGUGGACUGUGGUAUUAAGUACAAUCAGAUCCGCUGCCUAUGCCAGCGAGGUGCGCAGGUCACAUUGGUGCCCUGGGAUUACCCUCUGGAUGUUUGUGAUUUUGAUGGGUUGUUUAUAAGUAAUGGGCCUGGCGACCCGCAGCACUGCAAGAAGACCAUUGAAAACUUGCGAAAGAUUGUUUGUGUGGAGAAUCCCAAACCUGUGUUUGGAAUUUGUUUAGGCCAUCAGCUGCUUUCACUGGUCAUCGGAGCAGAGACGUACAAGAUGAAGUAUGGAAAUCGAGGCCAUAACCAGCCAUGCGUUCAUAAGGGGACCGGGCGCUGUUUCAUCACAUCUCAGAACCAUGGCUUUGCGGUUGACCCCAAGACCCUCCCAAAGGACUGGGAUGUGCUUUUUACCAAUUCAAAUGAUCACACCAGUGAGGGCAUCAUACACCACCAUAAACCUCUCUUCAGUGUGCAGUUUCAUCCAGAGCACAUGGCAGGGCCCGCUGACUUGGUCAGCCUUUUUGAUGUUUUUCUAGAUGCUGUCAGAGACUUCAAAAUGGGAACAGCCAAUAAGUCAGUAAAAGAAAGGCUGACCAGACAUCUUGCCUUCCAUAAAUCUCCUAAGUCAGAGGAGUUUGUGCGGCCACGCAAGGUGCUGAUUCUUGGCUCUGGAGGGCUCUCCAUUGGACAGGCUGGAGAGUUUGAUUACUCUGGCUCUCAAGCUAUUAAAGCACUUAAAGAGGAGAACAUCCAAACUAUUCUCAUCAACCCUAACAUUGCCACAGUACAGACCUCUAAAGGGCUAGCUGACAAGGUCUACUUCUUGCCCAUUACCCCAGAAUACGUCACACAGGUGAUAAAGAAUGAGCGCCCUGAUGGGGUGUUGCUAACAUUUGGUGGUCAGACGGCUCUAAACUGUGGAGUGGAGCUAACCAAGCAGGGUGUGCUGGAGAAAUACAAUGUGAGAGUACUGGGAACACAAGUUUCCUCCAUCGAGAUGACUGAGGACAGGAAGAUCUUUGUAGAGAAGAUGGAGGAGAUUAAUGAGCAUGUGGCCCCCAGUGAGGCAGCCAUGUCUGUUGAACAGGCAGUAGCUGCAGCUGAGCGUCUCGGCUAUCCGGUGCUUAUUCGCUCAGCUUUUGCACUUGGUGGAUUGGGCUCAGGUUUUGCAAACAGCAAAGAAGAGCUGAUCACAUUAGUCACACAAUCAUUUGCUCACACGUCCCAAGUGCUGGUGGAUAAAUCGCUUAAGGGCUGGAAGGAAAUAGAGUAUGAAGUGGUGCGCGAUGCUUUUGACAACUGCAUCACGGUUUGUAACAUGGAGAACAUUGACCCAUUGGGAAUUCAUACUGGAGAGUCUAUAGUUGUGGCUCCUAGUCAGACACUGAAUGACUAUGAGUAUAACAUGUUGAGAAACACUGCCAUCAAAGUUAUCCGACACCUGGGAAUUGUCGGCGAGUGCAACAUCCAAUAUGCUCUCAAUCCAGAAUCAGAACAGUACUACAUCAUUGAGGUAAACGCUCGUCUCUCUCGGAGCUCCGCUCUGGCCAGUAAAGCCACUGGUUAUCCUUUAGCCUAUGUGGCGGCUAAGCUUGGUCUUGGGAUCCCCCUUCCAGACUUAAAGAACUCUGUGACAAACUCCACAACAGCCAAUUUUGAGCCCAGUCUGGACUAUUGUGUGGUGAAAGUCCCUCGUUGGGACUUAAGCAAGUUCCUCAGAGUUAGCACCAAAAUUGGCAGCUCCAUGAAGAGUGUCGGGGAAGUGAUGGCCAUUGGUCGGAGUUUUGAAGAGGCAUUCCAGAAAGCUCUGAGGAUGGUAGAUGAGAAUUGUGUUGGCUUUGACCACACAAUUAAACCAGUGUCUGAACAGGAGCUUCAGAUUCCUACAGAUAAGCGAAUCUUCGUGCUGGCAGCAGCCCUUCAUGCUGGGUAUAGCGUAGACCACCUUUAUGAGCUCACCAAAAUUGACCGCUGGUUCCUUCACAAGAUGCAAAACAUUGUGAACCAUGAGAAGCUUUUGCAAACAUAUAAUCAGGAUGAAAGCCUCAUGCCACCCGAAGUCAUGAGGAAAGCAAAGCAAUUGGGCUUCUCUGACAAGCAGAUUGCCCUUGCUGUGCAGAGCACUGAACUAGCGGUAAGGAAACUGCGGCGUAACUGGAACAUUUUGCCAGUGGUCAAGCAGAUUGACACAGUGGCUGCUGAAUGGCCUGCUCACACCAACUACCUUUAUCUGACCUAUCAUGGCACAGAAUGGGAUCUGUCUUUUGAAGAAUCUCAUGUCAUGGUUAUUGGCUCUGGUGUGUACCGCAUUGGCAGUAGUGUGGAAUUUGACUGGUGUGCUGUGGGCUGCAUCAUGGAGCUUAGAAAGAUGGGUUACAAAACUAUCAUGGUGAACUACAAUCCUGAAACGGUCAGCACAGACUAUGAUAUGUGCAACAGACUAUACUUUGACGAGAUCUCCUUUGAGGUGGUGAUGGACAUCUAUGAGAUGGAAAACCCAGAGGGAAUAAUUCUUUCUAUGGGUGGCCAACUCCCUAACAACAUUGCCAUGUCUCUUCAUAGGCAGCAAUGCCGGAUCCUGGGCACUUCACCAGAAUUUAUUGACUCUGCUGAGAACCGCUUUAAAUUCUCCAGGAUGCUGGACACCAUUGGAAUCAGCCAGCCUCGCUGGAAAGAACUGUCUGAUACAGAGUCUGCCAUGCAUUUCUGUGAGACAGUUGGCUACCCAUGCCUGGUGCGGCCGUCCUAUGUUCUUAGUGGUGCUGCUAUGAAUGUAGCCUACACUGACAGCGACCUGGAGAAAUAUCUGAGCAGUGCUGUGGCUGUCUCCAAAGAGCAUCCUGUUGUUAUCUCCAAAUUCAUUCAGGAGGCCAAGGAGAUUGAUGUUGAUGCUGUGGCCUGUGAUGGUGUGGUCAUUGCAAUAGCCAUUUCCGAGCAUGUAGAAAAUGCUGGCGUCCAUUCCGGUGAUGCCACGCUGGUCACACCUGCUCAGGACAUCAACCAUAAAACCAUGGAACGCAUAAAGUCCAUUGUCCAUGCUAUUGGGCAAGAACUGCAGGUCACAGGGCCGUUUAACCUGCAACUCAUUGCCAAGGAUGACCAGUUGAAGGUGAUCGAGUGCAAUGUGAGAGUCUCUCGCUCCUUCCCGUUUGUGUCCAAGACUUUGGGUGUAGACCUUGUAGCCCUGGCAACUCAGGUUAUCAUGGGAGAGGAAGUGGAACCUGUGGGGCUUAUGAAAGGGAAGGGCGUCGUGGGAGUUAAGGUUCCCCAGUUCUCGUUUUCACGUUUGGCUGGAGCUGAUGUGGUGUUGGGUGUAGAGAUGACUAGCACUGGGGAGGUGGCCUGCUUUGGUGAGAACCGCUAUGAGGCCUACCUAAAAGCCAUGCUCAGCACAGGCUUCAAAAUCCCCAAAAAGAAUGUCCUUCUCUCCAUUGGCAGCUACAAGAAUAAGACUGAACUUCUGCCUACAGUCCAGGCACUGGAAAGUCUAGGCUAUAACCUGUAUGCCAGCCUUGGCACUGCAGACUUCUACACUGAGCAUGGUGUGAAGGUCAUGGCUGUAGACUGGCCAUUUGAGGAAGAGAGUGACAGUCCAAACAAAGACAAACAAAGAAACAUAAUGGAUUACCUGGAGGAGAACCAUUUUGACAUGGUCAUAAAUCUGUCCAUGCGGAACUCGGGUGGGCGACGUUUGUCUUCCUUUGUCACUAAAGGAUACCGUACUCGUCGCAUGGCUGUUGACUACUCUGUGCCCCUCAUCAUUGAUAUUAAGUGCACCAAGCUGUUUGUUCAGGCACUGAGACAGAUUGGUCAAGCUCCACCACUGAAAACUCAUGUUGACAGUAUGACCUCCCAGAAAUUGAUUCGCCUGCCUGGUCUUAUUGAUGUCCAUGUACACUUGCGAGAGCCUGGAGCCACUUACAAGGAAGAUUUUUCCUCGGGUACAGCUGCUGCUCUAGCAGGUGGAAUCACAAUGGUGUGUGUUAUGCCAAACACAAACCCUGCUGUCAUAGACCAAAGCUCUCUUGCCUCAGUCCAGAAGCUGGCAAGGGCUGGAUGUCGCUCUGACUAUGCCCUUUAUGUGGGGGCAGCUUCAGAUAAUGCUGCUGUUCUACCCUUAAUUGCAAAUGAAGCUGUUGGUCUAAAGAUGUAUUUAAAUGACACCUAUUCGACGCUAAAGAUGGAGAAUGUUUCCUUAUGGAUGGAGCACUUUGAGAAGUGGCCAAAGCACCUGCCUAUUGUGGCCCAUGCGGAAAAUCAGACUGUGGCUGCCAUUUUGAUGGUAGCACAGUUGUACCAGAGACCAGUUCACAUCUGCCAUGUUGCCAAGAAGGAGGAGAUCUUGAUCAUCCGAGCUGCAAAGCAGAAGGGUAUCCAGGUGACAUGUGAGGUAGCCCCUCACCAUCUAUUUCUCUGUGAAGACAAUUUAUCUGCUGUUGGGAAUGGUAGAGCUCAAGUGCGACCCAUGCUGGGAACACGAGAAGACAUGGAGUCACUGUGGGAGAAUUUGGACAUCAUUGACUGCUUUGCCACUGAUCACGCUCCUCACUCAGUGAAGGAAAAGGACUCAGAGAAACCUCCCCCUGGUUACCCUGGCCUGGAAACCAUGCUGCCUCUGCUGCUCACCGCUGUCAGUGAAGGACGCCUUACUCUAGAUGAUAUCGUUAAAAGGCUGUACGAGAACCCAGCGCGAAUCUUCUCUCUUCCUGCUCAGGAAAAUACAUAUGUGGAGGUGGACUUGGAGCAAGAGUGGGUCAUUCCAAAGCACAUGCAGUUUACAAAGUCCAAGUGGACACCCUUUGAGGGCAUGAAGGUGAAGGGUAAAGUCAUGAGAGUUGUGCUGAGAGGUGAAGUUGCCUACAUUGACGGAGAGGUAUUGGUACCACCUGGCUAUGGUCAAGAUGUGAAAACAUGGCCAACUCCAGUCUCAAAGAUGAACAAGGAUGUUCUAAAGACUCCUGAGCGUCCCCUACAAGUGACUCCCAGUGAGUCCCUCCGUACUCGAGCCCCAAGCCCUCGCAGAUCAGCUGGAGAUGGGCGCUUAAUUCUCCCACCACGGAUCCACCGUGCCUCUGACCCUGGCUUGCCCCCAGCUGAAGAGGAGAAACCAUUAAGAAGAGCAAAUGAAUCAGAAAUGCCUGCUGCUGCAGAUGCAUACACACACCCUCCUCCUCUUGCCAGGAUCCUGUCUCCUCAGACAGGCCAAGUCCAGGUUGUCUCUCAUCUCCAGCCUUCACCUUUUCUGCACCCUCUUGUGGGCCAGCACAUCCUGUCUGUGCAGCAGUUUACAAAAGAACAGAUGUCUCAUCUAUUUAAUGUGGCUCAUACACUUCGCCUAAUGGUGCAGAAAGAGAGGAGUCUGGACAUAUUGAAGGGAAAGGUCAUGGCCUCCAUGUUUUAUGAGGUGAGCACCCGCACCAGUAGCUCUUUUGCAGCAGCUAUGCAGCGCCUGGGUGGUUCAGUAGUGCACUUCAGUGAGUGCACGUCCUCCACCCAGAAAGGCGAGUCUUUGGGUGACUCUGUACAGACUAUGAGCUGCUAUGCUGAUGUGAUUGUACUGCGCCAUCCAGAACCUGGAGCUGUAGAGAAAGCAGCAAAGCACUGUCGUAGGCCAAUGAUCAAUGCUGGGGAUGGGGUUGGGGAGCAUCCUACACAGGCCCUUCUAGACAUCUUCACCAUUCGAGAGGAGCUGGGUACUGUGAAUGGAAUGACUAUCACCAUGGUGGGUGAUUUAAAGCAUGGCAGGACCGUACAUUCCCUGGCUAGGCUCCUCACUCAGUACCGGAUCACGCUGCGCUAUGUAGCUCCGAAAAACCUAAGCAUGCCUGUUGAGAUAGUUGACUUCGUUGCUUCUAAAGGAAUAAAACAGGAAGAGUUUAACAGCAUUGAAGAGGCCCUCCCUGACACUGAUGUCCUUUACAUGACGAGGAUUCAGAAGGAACGAUUUGUCUCCAAGGAAGAUUACAAAGCAUGUUUUGGUCAGUUUGUCUUGACCCCUCACAUAAUGACCGGAGCCAAGAGGAAAAUGGUGGUCAUGCACCCUCUUCCAAGAGUUAAUGAAAUAAGUGUGGAAGUGGAUACGGAUCCUCGUGCUGCAUACUUCCGACAAGCUGAGAACGGCAUGUACAUCAGGAUGGCACUGCUUGCCACUGUACUUGGCCGGUAAAAUCAAGAAGGGACCAGAUAUGCCAAAGGAUCGUCUUGGUAAAGGGGUAUUCAUGAGUGCUGCUUAGAUACAAUCUUGGUGUAACUUUGUCAUUGUUUUAAAGUUUCAUGGUCUUUUCAGUGCACAAUGUCAUAUUUGUGCUCAUCAUGGUGUAACUGCUUUGCUGCUGUCAGCCCCAUUUCCAACCCCCCCCACCCCCCCACCACCACCACCACCCCCUUUUCGGUGUGGCUCCACUUGCAGCAAAAACACUUUUGUAGUUCUUGUUGCUUUAUUAAUGCCGAUUUCAAUAUUUAGUGUUGCUAUAUGACCACUGUAAUUGUUUAAAAGUGCUGGUAAUAUUUGUUUGUCUGCUUUCGAUUUAUAUUUUUAGACAAUAAAAAUGUAUAAUUUUCA